AUGGAAACGACACCAACGCGCCCGACCAAGGCCCUACAACCCUCCACUCCCUCAAUCAAGAGCUCAGCUUCGUCUAGCAGCAUCUCUUCGGCUACGCCACGACAUGUACCGAGCAUAAGCUCCAGGAUAUCCGUCCGUCAUGGAAUAUCGGAAGAAAACUUGGCCCUACUGUCAGCAAACCCCCCUGAGACUAAACUCACAAACCUAUCAUAUAAUCCACAUAAGAAAGACGAACGGGGGCUACCAUCUAUCAUCGACAAGGAAACAGGAGUUCAGGUGCACCGCCAUUCCGAUCUGUGGUUCGACGAUGGGAGCGUCAUAUGCAGGGCGGAGAAUACAUUAUUCUGUGUGCAUAUGUCGCAGCUUGCCCGACACUCAUUAGUCUUUCAUGAUAUGGUUAUGCUCUCCCACCCAGAAACAUCACGGCUAGAAUCAUCAAUGGUCAUUCCUGAAGGAACGAACACAUUUUCAAGACGAGUUCCGGUCGUGUAUCUGUAUGAUGCGGCGGAGGAUGUUGGAAAUCUGUUGACUGCACUCUACGAUGGACCGAAUUUUGGGAAUAACGAUGAAGAUGACUUCCGGGCAGUGUCGGGCAUACUUCGCCUUUCGUCAAAAUAUCUCAUAGAUUCAUUACGUGCCAAAGCACUAGCUCAUCUCAGCCAGGCAUGGCCCUCCGAUCUGAGAACAUGGGAUGCGAGAGAGGAUGUCUCACGGGGCUAUGAGAUUGACGGGACUCCGGGGUAUACGCAUCGAUAUCCACAUCCCUUUAGCGUCAUCAGUCUUGCCCGAGAAGUAAACGCACCAUCCUUGCUGCCUGCCGCUUUCUAUGAUCUCUCAAGAUAUUCCUUUUCGCAAAUAUUCGAACCGGCUGAAGAUGAUCCAUUGUAUCGGUCGCCUCCCCUUCCAUCGCUAUCAGCGUUGGAUACUCGACGUCUAGCCCUCGGCAGGGAAGCUAGCCAGAACGCAGUGACGACAUUAAUUCAGAGCAUGGGCAAUGGACAGUAUAUCCGCCAUGCCCAACAGCACCCAACGAGUUCGCACAGUCGCAAGUCCUCAUCAGGCGGUGUCUGUGUCUCUGCUGCUGCGUGCCGUAAAGAUUUCACCGAGUUGGUGGAUCUCGCGACACAACAUUAUCUUUUUGACAGGGAACGAGGAUGCUACGAUCCAUUAUACGUUGCAGAAGAAUUAGGGCAACUAAAGAGCGCCGAGUUCUCGGAAUGCAAAGCCUGUGCGAAAUCUCUAGAAGCAUGGGCAGCAAGAGAACGAGAAAAGAUAUGGAAGAUGAUCCCGUUCUGGUUUCGGCUGGAAAGUGGUGGCGAAAUAUCACCAGCACUCCACUGA